AUGAUAUAUAUUGCUGUUGCUAAUGCCAUUGUGCAGCCUAAACUCCUGAUAACAUUUCAGCCCGGAGACAGUGUGACUUUUACAUGCUUCUGCAAACAACAUGAUGUAACCUAUACAGCUUGGUUUAAACAACCCUUGGGCCAGAAACCUCAGAUUGUGGCAAAAGCACAUUACUAUUCCCAAGAUGUUGAAUUGCAGAAUGAAUUUAAAAACAUGAUGCGCUUCUCCUUACAGUGGACACCAACAAGCUUUAACCUGACUAUUGCAAAUGCAGAGCAGUCUGAUUCAGCAGUGUAUUACUGUGCUACUAUGUUUCUUAAUGAAGUAAAGUUUGGAAAUGGAACCCUUCUCUUGCUGAAAUAUUCCAGCAGCAGGACUGUGGUGCAGCAGGUGGUGUCAGACCCAGCGCGUCCAGGAGACUCGGUGACUCUGCAGUGUACAGUAGACAGUGAGACCUGUGCAGGAGAACACAGUGUUUACUGGUUCAGACACGGCUCGGGAGAAUCCCUUCCGGGACUCAUUUACACCCAUGGAAACAGGAGUGAUGAGUGUGAGAGGAGCCCUGAGGCUGGGUCUCAUACACACAGCUGUAUCUACAGCCUCCCCAAGAGGAACCUCAGCCGCUCCAAUGCUGGGAUUUACUAUUGUGCUGUGGCCACGUGUGGGGACAUACUGUUUGGAAAUGGGACAGUGGUGAAGUUUCCAGAUACAGAGACCCAGGAGCAGCAGCAGAUCAACUACGCUGAGUGCAGUUUCCCAAAGAGGAAGCUCCACACUGGGGCAAAUCGGGAACAGAUUGAAACCCAUGUCCUCUAUUCUGCUAUUAGAUACAAAGAAUAG